AUGGCCCCCAAACGUCCCAACUUUCUAGUUGUCGUUGCUGAUGACCUGGGCUUCUCGGACAUCGAGUGCUUCGGCGGCGAGAUCCGCACCCCCAACCUGAACAAACUGGCCGGGGAGGGCGUGCGCUUUACGGAUUUCCACGCCGCUGCGGCCUGCUCACCCACGCGCGCGAUGAUCAUGACCGGCACUGACCAUCACAUCGCUGGACUCGGGAACCUGAUCGAAUGGACCAACAUCUCCGGACAGAACGAUCCCAAAGGCGGUGGCUGGAGCACGGCCCCGCAGCGCGGAAUGCCAGGAUACGAGGGCUACCUCAACGAGCGCGUGGUGGCGCUGCCCGAGGUUCUGCGCGACGCCGGCUACCAUACCCUGAUGUCCGGCAAAUGGCAUCUGGGCCUCACGCCAGAGCGGUCGCCCUUCCAGCGUGGCUUUGACCGCUCCCUGGCCCACCUGCCCGCCUGCUCCAACCACUACGCCUUCGAGCCGCAGCUGCGCGGUGCCGACGAGACGCCGACAUUCCUCGAGGCCUCGACCAUCGCCCUCCACAUGGAGGACGACCACUAUGUGAAGUCGCUGCCCGAGGGCUGGUACUCAUCCGACGGCUACGGCGACCGCAUGGUGCAGUAUCUCUCCGAUUGGAAGGACCGCCCCGAUGACGACCGCCCGUUCUUCGCCUACCUGCCGUUCACGGCGCCGCACUGGCCGCUCCAGGCGCCGCAGGAGUACAUCCACCACUAUCGCGGGGUCUACGACGACGGGCCGGACGCGCUGCGGGCGCGGCGGCUCCAGCGACUCAAGGAGCUGGGCAUGGUCCGCGAGGACGUCGAGCCACACCCGGUGGUGGCGGAGGAGGACGGGGUGAAGCCGUGGGAUGAGUUCACGCCCGAGGAGAAGACGCUGUCGGCACGCGCCAUGGAAGUGUUCGCGGGCAUGGUGGAGUGCAUCGACGCCAACGUAGGCAAGGUUGUCGACUACCUGGAGUCCAUCGACGAGCUGGACAACACCUUCGUGUGCUUCAUGUCCGACAACGGCGCCGAGGGCGCCGCCUACGAGGCCUACCCGCUCGUCCAGAGCGGCGUCAUGCCCCAUCUGCAACAGUACUACGACAACCGGCUGGAGAACCUAGGAAACGGCAACUCGUUCAUCUGGUACGGCCCACGGUGGGCGCAGGCCGCCACCGCGCCGUCGCGCCUGUACAAGGCCUACACGACCGAGGGCGGGGUGCGCGUGCCCUUCCUAGCGCGCUUCCCGACGGGCGUCCCUGUCGCCGAGCACGCCCGCAGCGGCGGCAUCACAGACCAGUUCGCCACCGUCAUGGACCUGGCACCGUCCAUCCUGGCCAUGGCGGGGGCGACGCACCCGGCGCCACAGUACCGCGGACGGGACGUGGUGCCGAUGCGAGGACGCAGCUUCGUCGACUGGGCGACGGGGACGGCGCCACGCAUCCACGACCAGGACUUCAUCCAGGGGUGGGAGACGUGCGGGCGCGCGGCCCUGCGCUGCGGCGACUGGAAGAUUGUCUACAUCCCCAAACCCAAGGGCCCCGAGCGCUGGCAGCUGUACAAUCUCGUCGACGAUCCCGGCGAGAUCCACGACCGCGCCGAGCAGGAGCCGGAUAGGCUGCAGCGUCUGCUCCGCCUCUGGGACCAGUAUGUCCUCGAGACGGGCGUGAUCCCGCUGAACCCGGAUUUGGGUAACUUCAUGGAAGCCAUGGAGGCGCAGAUGCCUGAAAAUGCGUGGAUGGAGUACGAUUACUGGAAGCCGGGGGCGCGCCAGGAACCGGAGAAGUUCAUGCGGCAGCCGCCGCGGUUGCAGCGGGUAGUGAAGCAGUUUUAA